UAACUUCCGGUCAGACCCGGAAUAUAAAUAAGCCAAGGCCUUGGGAAUAUCCGGAUGGACUAGAGACUAAUGGGCCUUUUUAUAUCUCUUUUCGGCCCAAACUUGGAGUCCGGAGCCGUGCCUGCUACUAUUCCGAGGUCUCACUGCCGAAGAAGGGUUUUGAGGGUUUCACAGAUUCGCUCUCUUCACACCCAACGAUGAAGCUCGUCAGGUUUUUGAUGAAGUUGAACAACGAAACUGUGUCGAUCGAGCUCAGGAACGGGACCGUGGUCCAUGGAACCAUCACUGGUGUUGAUGUGAGCAUGAACACUCACUUGAAGACGGUUAAAAUGAGCCUUAAAGGGAAGAACCCAGUGACAAUGGAUCAUCUAAGCUUGAGGGGUAACAACAUACGCUACUACAUUCUUCCUGAUAGCUUGAAUUUGGAGACUUUACUUGUUGAAGACACUCCUCGUCUUAAACCUAAGAAGCCUGUUGCUGGGAAGCCUGUUGGACGAGGCCGUGGACGUGGUGGUCGUGGCCGUGGUGGUGCUCGUGGAGGCAGAGGUCGUUAAGUGCAGCACUGGGAAAAGUUUUAAUGUGAGUGAGUUCUGUAGGAGGAAGAGGAACCCUUUUUGUGUCUGAAUUUGUAGUAGGAGAAUGUAUUGAAUUAUGUAUCUUGCAAUGGGAACAUCUGAUUAGGAAAAAUGGUAUGAUUAACGCUCGUAAGAAUGUUACUAUGUAAUGGAAAUUUCAUGGAUAUAGAAAAUUUAGCUUUUUCAUGUUAUGAGAGCUUGUACAAGUAUUAGCUAUUGCGUGGUUUUGGAGCUCAAUGCUUUUUUUUAUU